AUGGCCGGCGGUUGGCAUCCCGGGCGGCAAGAUACGAAUGGGUAUGAGGAUAAGAAGGAGGAGGUGGAUGCGUGGGAGGGGUUCAAGGGGCGGUUGAAGGAGCACUGGGGGAGAGUGGUGGAGGAGGAUUAUGAACCUCUGCUGAGGGUGAGACAGGGGGGCGGAGGCAGCAGCAGUGGCUGUAAUGGCAGCAGUGAUGGCGGGGGGAAGCGGAAGAGAGGGAAGAAGACCCUAGCAGCAGCGCAAAAUGGGCCGGCUGGUGGUGCCUCUUCAGGUGAAGCCAUGGCAGCAGUGGGUGCGAGUGAUGGGUUUGCGAGCGACCACCAGCGCCAGUUCUUCUCCCUCUGUGAGUCUCUCGUUGUGCCAUGUCCUGCUUACCCAUCCCCACCUCCCAUCCCAUAUCCUCUCUACCCAUGUCCUUUCUGCCCAGAUUACUUCCUCCCCCUACUCAUGCAUUCAGCAUACCGACGCACCUUGCUUUAUCCCCAGCAAAGUCUCUCCAUACCCCAACCAUCCCCCGCUUUUUCUCCCCUCCUCCCGCUCCCUCUCGGAGGUACGUCAUACACGGAUGUGCUGCAUUCGCGCCGACCGUGUGCUCAGUCCAAGUACGGCACGCCUCUGGACGCUCAGGCCCUCACCGACGCAUAUCUGCUGCAUGCCCUGAACCAUGUCUUUCACACGCGGGAUCGCAUCACCAAGAACAACGACAAGCUCAACCGCGCCUCCGCUGCUGCUGUCGCUGCAGCUGACGCUGCUGCUGCUGCCUCUGGUGCUGCCGCUGGUGUAAAAUGGAAGAAAAGGAGUAAAAGUGGUGGGGAGAAGGGGAGGAGUCAAGGGGUUGAUGCAGUUGCUGCAGCUGCUGCAAGCUUAGAAGAAGGAGAAAACGGGGAGGGGAAAGGAGGGAAGGGGAAGGAGGCGGAGGAAAGGGAGCAGACUGAGGAAGGGGAGGAGGCGGGGGAGGGGGAACAGGCGGAGGAGGGAAAGAAGGACGAGGAGAUGGAGGAGGGAGGGACGGAGAGUGUGCUCUUCAAGAAGGGAGGAAAAGGAGGGAAGAGAGGGAGUAAGGGGCUAGGCGGAGUGGUGAAAGGGAAGGAGUUGGUGGAGGUGGAGAGUAUCCCCAGGGACCAGGGGUUCACCAGGCCCAAGGUGCUCGUCCUCCUGCCAUACCGCAAUGCUGCUCUGACCGUGGUGCAGAGGCUGUUGCAAGUGACUCCCCCGCAGUCUAAGGUAGCAGUGGAGCAUUUGGAUCGUUUCCUUGCUGAGUUUGGAGAGGAAGAGAGCGAGGAGGAGGAGAGUGAGGAGGAGGACGAGGAGGAGAGGAGAAAGGCGAGGGAGAGGAAGAGGAGGAAGCAGCAGCAGCAGGUGGGCCGUGGGCUGUCGUGGGAAGCCGAGGAAAUGGAGGAUGGAGGAGGAGGAGGGGGAGGAGGAGGAGGAGGAGGAGGAGGAGGAGGAGGAGGAGGAGGGGGAGGAGGAGGAGGCAAAGGAGAAGGUGAGGGUGAGGGUGAUGCAGCAGCAGCGGUGCUGCGGAAGGGGUUGAAGCCGGUGGAUCACCGGGCCAUGUUUGCCGGCAACAAUGACGAUCACUUCCGCCUCGGCAUCAAAUUCACCAAGUGA